CAACUGUCGGUAGCAGCCCGAGGCCUGUGGGCGCCUGGUCCAGGCCUGCGGUGAGCGCCGGAGCCGGGGAAGCAGUUGCAUGACUUUGGCUUUCAGGAUCCUCUUCCAACAAACCCUCCGUGCACUUGGCCGAAAAGAACCGUGCCUAUUCCGAGAACAACAUCGCUGGGCUAAUGUAAGACAAUUCAGCCAGUGGUCAGAAACAGAUCUACUUCAUCGGUGCCGCCUCCUCCAGAGAAGAAAGCCUGUUCUAUCAUUCCAGGGAGGCUGUCUAAGACCACGUGCCACCAGCCUUGUUUUCUUGCCAGGAUCGCAUGUGGAACUGUGCAGUGGCCCCUGUGAGAUGGCUGAGCAACGGUUCUGUGUGGACUAUGCCAAGCGUGGCACAGCUGGCUGCAAAAAAUGCAAGGAAAAGAUUGUGAAGGGCAUGUGCCGAAUUGGCAAAGUGGUGCCCAAUCCCUUCUCAGAGUCUGGGGGUGAUAUGAAAGAGUGGUACCAUAUUAAAUGCAUGUUUGAGAAACUGGAGCGGGCCCGGGCCACCACAAAAAAAAUUGAAGACCUCACAGAGCUGGAAGGCUGGGAAGAGCUGGAAGAUAAUGAGAAGGAACAGAUAACCCAGCACAUUGCAGAUUUGUCAUCUAAGGCAUCAAGCACACCAAAGAAGAAAGCUGUUGUUCAGGCUAAAUUGACAACCACUGGCCAAGUGACAUCUCCAAUGAAAGGCACCUCAUUUGUCACCAAUACCAAUCCCCGGAAAUUUUCUGGCUUUUCAGCCAAGCCCAACAACUGUGGAGAAGCCCCCUCAAGCCCUACCCGUAAGAUAAGUCUGUCCUCAAGCAAAUGUGACCCCAGGCACAAGGAUUGUCUGCUAAGGGAGUUUCGGAAGUUAUGCGCCAUGGUUGCUGAUAAUCCUAGCUACAAUACAAAGACACAGAUCAUCCAGGACUUCCUGCGGAAAGGCUCAGCAGGAGAUGGUUUCCACGGUGAUGUGUACCUAACAGUGAAGCUGCUCCUGCCAGGUGUCAUUAAGAGUGUUUACAACUUGAAUGAUAAGCAGAUCGUGAAGCUUUUCAGCCGCAUUUUUAACUGCAACCCAGAUGACAUGGCACGGGACCUAGAGCAGGGUGACGUGUCAGAGACAAUCAGAGUCUUCUUUGAGCAGAGCAAGUCUUUUCCUCCAGCUGCCAAGAGCCUCCUUACCAUCCAGGAAGUGGAUGAAUUCCUCCUGCGGCUCUCCAAGCUCACCAAGGAGGAUGAGCAGCAACAGGCGCUGCAGGACAUUGCCUCCAGGUGUACAGCCAAUGACCUUAAAUGCAUCAUCAGAUUGAUCAAACAUGAUCUGAAGAUGAACUCUGGUGCAAAACAUGUGUUAGAUGCGCUCGAUCCCAAUGCCUAUGAAGCCUUCAAAGCCUCACGCAACCUGCAGGAUGUGGUGGAACGGGUCCUUCGCAACGAGCAGGAGGUGGAGAAGAAGCCAGGCCGGAGACAGACUCUGAGUGUUCAGGCCUCGCUGAUGACACCCGUGCAGCCAAUGCUGGCCGAGGCCUGCAAGUCCAUCGAGUAUGCCAUGAAGAAGUGUCCUAACGGCAUGUUCUCUGAGAUCAAGUAUGAUGGUGAGCGAGUCCAGGUACAUAAGAACGGGGACCACUUCAGCUACUUCAGCCGCAGUCUCAAGCCCGUCCUGCCUCACAAGGUGGCACACUUUAAAGACUACAUCCCUCAGGCUUUUCCUGGGGGCCACAGUAUGAUCUUGGACUCUGAGGUGCUCCUGAUUGACAACAAGACAGGCAAACCACUGCCAUUUGGGACUUUGGGAGUGCACAAGAAAGCUGCUUUCCAAGAUGCUAAUGUCUGCCUGUUUGUUUUUGACUGUAUCUACUUCAAUGAUGUCAGCUUGAUGGACAGGCCUCUGUGUGAGCGGCGGAAGUUUCUUCAUGACAACAUGGUUGAAAUUCCCAACCGGAUCAUGUUCUCAGAAAUGAAGCAAGUCACAAAAGCUUCAGACUUGGCUGACAUGAUAAACCGAGUGAUCCGGGAGGGGCUGGAAGGGCUGGUGCUGAAGGAUGUGAAGGGUACAUAUGAACCUGGAAAGCGGCACUGGCUAAAAGUAAAGAAAGACUAUUUGAACGAGGGGGCCAUGGCUGACACAGCUGACCUGGUGGUCCUUGGAGCCUUCUAUGGGCAAGGGAGCAAAGGUGGCAUGAUGUCCAUCUUCCUCAUGGGCUGCUAUGACCCAAGCAGCCAGAAGUGGUGCACAGUCACCAAGUGCGCAGGAGGCCAUGAUGAUGCAACGCUCGCCCGCCUGCAGAAGGAACUGGACAUGGUAAAAAUCAGCAAGUCCCAUUGUGAAGAGAGGGGGUUUAAGCCGGUUUCAGCUUGGGAACAGCCCAGAACAGCAUCUUUUCUCCUUCAGGAUCCCAGCAAAAUACCCAACUGGCUGAAGAUCAAUAAGAUCUACUACCCUGACUUCAUCGUUCCAGACCCAAAGAAAGCUGCCGUGUGGGAGAUCACAGGUGCUGAAUUCUCCAAAUCUGAGGCUCACACAGCUGAUGGUAUCUCCAUCCGGUUUCCUCGUUGCACUCGAAUCCGUGACGAUAAGGACUGGAAGUCUGCCACUGAUCUCCCGCAACUCAAGGAACUAUACCAGCUGUCUAAGGAGAAGGCAGACUUCACUGUAGUGGCUGGAGAUGAGGGGAGCUCCACUACAGGGGGCAGCAGUGGAGAGAACGAGGGCACCUUGGGGUCUGCUGUGUCCCGCAAGGCCCCCAGAGGUUCCCCCAACAAGCCCUCCGCUGGUGCCAAGAAGGCAGAAGGAAAGUUAAGUAACGCCAACAGCAAAGGCAACAUGCUGACUGCAAAGCCUUCCCCUGUGAAAGUGGGAGAGAAGCUGUCCACAAAGUCUUCUCCAGUGAAAGUGGGGAAGAAGCGCAAAGCUGCUGAUGAGACCCCGUGCCAAACAAAGGUGAAGGUGCUGCUGGACAUCUUCACUGGGGUGCGGCUCUAUUUGCCACCCUCCACACCAGACUUCAGCCGUCUCAGACGCUACUUUGUGGCAUUCGACGGGGACCUGGUACAGGAAUUUGACCUGGCCUCAGCCACACAUGUGCUGGGCAGCAGGGACAAGAACCCUGAGGCCCAGCAGGUGUCCCCAGAAUGGAUUUGGGCAUGUAUCCGGAAACGGAGACUAGUAGCUCCCUGCUAGGACUGCUGUCUUCCUCUCCCUGAGGGUCGUAUUCUCCCUUAUCAUACCACUGGACUGGGCUCAGGCUGAAGGCGGGUAGACAGAUGAACAGAAUGGGGGGAUGGACUUUCUUCUCCAAGCAGUGCAUCUUCCAAAAUCCACCAACUCUUCAUGGUCUCUUCUCGACCAGGAAUUAGUUGCUGUGGAUGUCACAUGAAGUCAGUUUCUCUGCUGGUUUAAAUAGAUCUUUCAGAUCUGGGUGCUGAAUAUCUUGCAGUUAUCUCUGGAAGGCUGGGCCACUGAAGCUCUGUCCACAAAGUGUUCUUUUUACUUCCUGGCUCAUUUUAAAGUUGUAUAAAAGACUGCCCUCAGAAAUGCUUCUUCUAUUUGGCAAAACUUGUAUUCAGCCUGGCCCCUUUUGCCAGGAAUGAACCCUCAUUCGAAAGAAAAUGAACUUUUAUGAUGACUUUAUUUUCUGUUCUCCUAUCACAGGGUGAGGGGUCUCCAGUUUGAAGGGAGGAGGACUAGAAUCAGGUGGGAAAACGUGGCCUUUGUGAGGAAAAGGUAGUUAUUUGGGCUACUCCUCUGGGGGCAUAGAGGGCUCCAAGGAAGAUCUACCUCCCCAAAAUCUGGAAACAAGACUGCUCUUUAAGGAUAAAAAUCCACACCUGAAAACAAAUUUACACAACUUGCUUACAAAGAAUGGCUCCUCUGCCACCUGAGGCUGAUUUAUUUGAAGAACAAAGGAAGACAAUUUAGUGUAGACAAGUGCUGUUCAAUGGAACUUUCUGCAGCAAUGGAAAUAGCCUGUAAAUCUGUGCUGUCCAACUGAACUAACCACACAUGGCUGUUGAACAGCUGAGGAACUGAAGUUCAUUUUAAUUCAACUUCAAAUGGUCACAUGUUGCUAGUGGCUGCCACACUGGAGAACACAGGUGUAGACAGACCUGGUUCAAAUCAGAGGCCUGGAAUUUAACAGCUGUAACCUUAGGCAAGUUAUUUAUCACCUGGGCCUCAAUUCCCCAAAGUAGAAUGGGAAUUGGCAUUGUACCUAAAUCAUAGGGUUGCUGUAAUAAACUCAGAUACAUUUUGUGUAAAGCUCGUAGCACAGGGCCUGGCACAUAGUCAUCUAGAGUUGGGAACACCACCAUUGGUGUGCAUGUCCAGGCCCUACCCAGGAGAGGGGACCCUGGCCUAUACCUUCAGAACCCUCAACCAUAUGUCUGCAUGUUAUAGCUCAUACUGAGUGCAGGCUUAUCAGGAUGCCAUAUGGUUAUAGACUAGUUUCCAUGUCACAGUCCUGCUAACUGUUGAGGGUCAGUUCUUAUUAUCAACAAAUUAGGUGUUUGUCUGUCUCCUGUGAGCUGGGUUAAUGUGACUCGGCCCCUGAAGCACUUGAAUGUCCGGGCCUGUAAGAUUGAGGGCCGCCGCCUGCCCUCACCUGCCCCCCAUCCCCACCCCAGUGUACUCAACUAAGUAAUAGUCUGCUGGGAAGCUGCUUGUCAGUCAACUUGGAUGCCAACUUUAAUCUGACUGACCUUUGCUUCCACCUGCUGUUUAAAAGGGGGCAGGGCAGGAAGGGUGGGUACUGCCCUGACAGAAGGGGUGCAGGAGAGGGGGGUACUGCCCUGACAGAAGGGGUGCAGGAGAGGGGGGUACUGCCCUGACAGGGGGCAUUGGCAGGAGGGGUGGGUAGUGCCCUGACUUUAGCCCACGAUAUUUAGUUUUUGAGUAGGCACCAUUCAGUCUGGCUUCAGUAUUGAGAAUAAGACACUUUAUUCCAUCCUCGAUAGAGGCAAAAGCUGCUCCUCCUUUGAGCACUGACCUACAUAGGUUUCCAUCCCCGAUCCUGCCAAAGUCACUGCCCUCUCUAGCCUGGCUGACCUAAACCCAGCCCAACUGCCCUUGCUGGCUGCUUACAGCAUGCACCCCCACAGCAAAGGGGCUCUGCCAGCUGAGAUGAUCAUCCCAGUAAUGAGCUCAGCCCCUUGACCCUUCUCUACUUUACCAUGUUAUCUCUAAUUCAUUGUCAAGGGCUUUUUGUGUUUCCCUCAUCUUUGACAUGUCUUUCUUUGCUGCUGAGACUAGACUAUGCAUACAAUUUGGUAUCCUUUCAUGUACUCCCACAGCACCCUAAGCAACAUCAUCUUAAAUCUUUCCAGCCGAAUGCUGGCCUCCCUCUUUUGAACGUUUCUUUGCAUGCUGCUGUCUGGCAGCAGGCAGAGGUCAUUGCUGGGUGCUGAACAGGUCAGCUGCCUAUAGCAGUGAGGGCAGAGUGCUAUGGCUCAGCCUGGCGUUUUUACACCCUUUUGGCAAGAUUCCUACCUCUUUUCUCCUCAGUCAUGGCAGAUAUGCACAUAAUCUUGUUCUCCCAAGGGCUGCAUUCUCAGGAGUCUAGUCUACUCCCUUUCCCUCAGGCAUCUGGUCAGGGAGGUGUGUACAGGCCUGUGCACACACAGCAGUCUACCCAAGAAGCUGGGCCAUCCUCUUCUAAGCCACACUCCCACUGUGUCACAGCUGUAUCCAAAAGCUUCUAUUUAUCUCCAAAGGUAGUCUGAAGACUACUGGGCACACUAGCUAUCCUCAGAUUACUCUAGACCAGUGUAAAUAUCUGAACCUACUUGGUGCUUCUUCGGUGCGCUCCCAGCACUGCACUCACCCGAGUGAGCCACGGGGUCGGCCCGCUCCUGUUCACUUCUGAGCUGUUCUAUGGCCUCUCUCACAUACUACUUGUGAGGUCUUGGGCAAGCCACAACACUGAACCAGGGAUAUGUUGACCAAGGCCACAUGGUCCAAACCUCUCCAAAAAUAAUGCAGUAUCUCGAGCAUACCUGUGGUUUAUCAGUUCUUUUGUCAGUCUUAACUGUCAGAUCUCUGGCAUCUUCCCACCAGAUCGGACAGGCAUCUAUAUUGAAACUUUAUUACAAAAUUAUAAAGCAAAGCUCUGUAACAAAAAAUACACAUUUUAGGUUUGCUUUAACACCCACGAAAGUCAGAGAACCUUAAUGUAAGCCACUUGAAGUAACACAUUCACAUCCAAGAGAUUUCAACAAAUUUAUACAAUAUAUAUUGAGCACUAAUUCCUGUACAGCUUAUUAUUAGUUUGGAUCCAACUAUUCCAAUAUAUUAUGAACCAGUCAGCUGUCCAAGUCUUUUAAAACAAGUCUCAAAUCUCAGAGCAUUCACUGGAAAAGCCAUGGAAUAAUUGAAGGAAUUAGAUGUUUCCAUGAUAAUUAAGACCAAGGAUCCAUGAGGGGCAGGAGGGGGAGGAGGGUUCAAAGAUAAAAACAAGUUUCCUACCUGGGUUAGAUAUUAACUAGAAUGGGAUCCUGGAACUCCCAACUUUUAUUUGGUGUAAUAAUAAAGGUGAUAACAAAAGAA